UGCCCGAACUUCAGUCCAGAGUCCAGACCUACUUUGGAAAUUUGCCUCUUUAAAGCCCCUCCCUUUACUCAAAGAAAUGCAACCGAAAGUGAACGCUCUUUACUGGUAGCUGCGUGCAAGUUGUGUGAAAGCCUGUGGGUGUGGCAUCAACAAGAUGGCAGAAUUUUCUGAUGAUCAAAAUCCUUUUAACUGUCCGAUCUGUCUUCAUCUUCUGAAGGAUCCAGUCACCACUGCAUGUGGACACAGUUUCUGUAUGAACUGUAUUAAAGAGUGCUGGGAUCAGGAUGAUCAGAAGGGAGUUUACAGCUGCCCACAGUGCAGGCAGAUAUUCACUCCCAGACCGGUUCUCAACAGAAGCACUGUGCUAGCUGAACUCGUUGGAAAAAUGAAGCGAGAAGAACCACAAGCUGUUGAAGCCACUCCCCAGAAGUCUUCAGCUGGGUCUGGAGAUGUGGAGUGUGAUGUCUGCAUGGAAACCAAACUAAAAGCCAUCAAGUUUUGUCUGGUGUGUGUGGCAUCUUACUGUGAGUCUCACAUCCAAACUCAUUAUAUAUCUCCUGCAUUUAAGCGACAUAAACUGGUCAAUGCUUCGCCACAUCUGCUGGAGCAGAUCUGCUCUCAACAUGAUAAACCACUGGAGCUGUACUGUUGCCAAGACCAGCAGCUGAUAUGUAUGCAGUGUGCUCUGAUUAACCAUCAAAACCAUAGAAUGGCUUCACCUGCAGCCAAACGACAAGAAAUACAAGGACAGGUCGAAUCAAACCAGCAUAGCCUACAAGAGGAAAUACAUAAUCGAGAAAUGAAAGUACAGGAGGUAAAACAAGCCAUAGGCUUUCAUAAGAGUUCUGCACAGGAGGCAGUAAAGCAAACUAAGAAGAUCUUUACAGAGUUGAUCAGCUCCAUGGAGAAAGACCAAGCUAAGAUAACAGAGAACAUCAGAAAUCAAGAGAAAGCAGAAGAAAUAAAGGCUGAGGAGCUUAUACGUGUACUGGAGCAGGAGAUCAUUGAUCUCAGGAGGAGAAAUGAAAAACUGGGACAGCUUUCACAGAUAGACAAUGACAUUUGUUUCAUACAGAAUUUCUCUUCUAUUUACAACUAUCAAUGUUCAAACCUGUGCAACAUCCCUGUAUACCAACAUCUGACAUUUGAGGAAAUACCAACGAUUCUCUCUGAACUGAAAAGCCAACUGAAUGAUCUGUGUGAACAAGACACUGUCAGGAUAUCAGAGAAAGUUCCCACAAUUCAUAUACUGAACAACGAGAAGACUACAAAGUAUUUGCCAUCACAACCCAAGACCAGAGAAGAAUUUCUUAUAUACUCCUCUGAACUGAGCUUGAAUCAUCAGUCAGCAUGUGAUCAGCUGUCCGUAAGAAAUAACAUUGUGUCACGAUGUGUUACUUCAAGCCAAGCUUUAUCAGGAUUUGGUCAGGUUUCACCAAUGGCUAAGUAUGUUAUCGAUUCAGACUUUUCUUUUGGUAGUCAACCUAGAGUAUAUAAAUCCAGCACAUAUCAAGUGUUGUGUAACAAAAAUCUGUCUGGACGCUGUUAUUUUGAGGUAGAAUAUACAGGUACAGGCUGUUCGGUUGCUUUCUCAUAUGAUCAGUUCAGUAAGUCAGGAAGAAACUUUACAUUUGGAUGUAACAACAGGUCCUGGAUAUUUCACUUUUCACAUGCUUGCAUCAACAUGUCACACAACAACAUUAGCACUAACAUUCCCACAGGGUCCUCUAAAAUCGGAGUGUAUCUGGACCAUAGUGCAGGAACCCUAUCUUUCUAUAAUGUUUCGGACAAAAUGACCCUCCUACACAGAGCCCAAACCACAUUCACUAAGCCCUUGUAUCCUGGGUUUUCAUUGCAGAAAUGGGCAAAUGGUUCUGUGAAUAUUUGUGAUCUGCCAUUCACAGUCACAUCAAAAUAAGUAAAUAAAAUGAACUGCUGGUAAUGAAUACGUACGUUUUUAGUAAUACAAAGUUACCAUCAUAAAAGUAAAUGCAUGUACACUGACAUCUAGAUGUAGUUUUUCUUUGUAUGUUUCUUAAUUCAAAACACAGAUGUACUUUGACUAACAAAAACACUUUCUCUGUAGAAUGUACAAUACAACACAAUUUAAUUUUAGGGUUUAAUGUUAAUAUUAGAUGUAAGAACAACUAGAUUUGAGUAAGAAAAGAUUUCUGUUUUUGCUAGAAUAACUGUGUCAUUAAGGGUAUGUUGACUUUAAGAUUAAUAAUUUAUUUUGCAUUCAAAUCAUGACUAAAGUCUAAAUUUAAAAGGUGUACAGUAUUUGCAUGGCUUGCCCCUUAACCAAUUUGCGAGUGUUUAUGUGUAUUAGAUGCAAAUGUAAUGCAAAUUAAAAUAUUUCUACUAUUAUUGU